UAGAAGGCGCUGACGGCAGUUUGUGAUGAGGAUUUUGUGUUGACAUUUGUGUUCGUGUGCGAUAAAAAUGUUAUAAAACAAUUUGAUAAUUUUCAUUCUUGGAAAAAAUACUGUGACCUUAACUCAUUUCUAAAUUAUAUUUAUUAUAACGAAAAACUGUACUUGUCAUGGCUGAAUCGUGCACAAUGAGUGGUGGAUGUGUGAUGUUUCAACAAGCUGAUCUGGCCAGCAGUGCUUUCCCUGUUUUCGAAGAAAUUCGAAAACAAGGGAAGCUAUGCGACGUCACUAUUAAAGUGGACGACAAACUAUUCAGCGCCCAUCGUAUAGUGCUGUGUGCUACCAUUCCUUAUUUUAAUUCCAUGUUUACAAUUGAUAUGGUAGAGAGUAGACAAAGGGAAGUUGAGGUACGAGGGAUAGACCCUAGCGCGAUGGAAUCUUUAAUACAAUUUGCUUACAGUGGAAAAAUCACCAUUCAUCCUGGAAAUGUCAACAAUUUAAUGAUUGGAGCAGCUUAUCUGCAAUUGAAUCAAGUUCGUGAUGCCUGUGCCGACUUCUACAAACAAAGACUAGACUGUAAAAAUGUUUUGAGUAUUCAAUCAUUUGCUGAGACUCUAAGCUGUACAGACCUAGUGAAAGCAGCUGACCGUUUUCUUGAAAAGAAUUUUACUCAAGUAGCAGAAGAGGAAGAAUUUGUUAGUAUAGAUGUCAGUCAAAUGCAGGAGCUUCUCAACCGAGAUUCUUUAUGCGUCACUGAAGAGGGGGCUUUUGAAGCUUUAAUACGUUGGGUGAAGAAGGACUCCGAAUUAAGAUCUAAACAUCUUCCCAACCUACUAGCCCAAGUUCGAUUGCCUCUCCUUAGUCCAACUUUUUUGACGGACCGCGUUUCGAAGGAGGAAUUAAUUCGCAGCUGCCAUCGUUGUCGAGAUUUAGUUGAUGAAGCCAAAGAUUUCCACCUGCUUCCAGAACGACGUUCGAUGUUCAAAAGCUAUCGUUGUCGACCUCGCUGUUUUGCCGAUGUGUCGGGUCUUUUGUACGCUGUAGGAGGAUUGACGAAAGCUGGCGACUCUUUAAGUACAGUCGAAGUUAUGGAUCCUGUUACUGGCAGAUGGAAUCCAGCAGAAGCAAUGUCUAUACGUCGGAGUAGAGUAGGAGUCGCCAUCCUCCGUAACAAUUUAUACGCCAUUGGUGGCUACAACGGUGUUGACAGGCUUCAAACAGUCGAAGUUUUAGACGGACCCAAGCGAAUUUGGCGUGGGAUAGGUUCCAUGAACUGCAAACGAAGCGCUGCCGGAGCAGCUUCCCUCCAUGACUACCUUUACGUUUGUGGCGGGUACGACGGUGUUACUUCGCUCAACACAGUCGAGUCCUAUGACCCAUCAACUGAUUGUUGGAAAUGUGUUUCUGCCAUGAACAAACAUAGAAGUGCAGCCGGAGUAGUGGCGUUUGACAAUCACAUAUAUGUUUUGGGUGGACAUGACGGAUUAAGCAUAUUUGAUUCAGUCGAGAAGUAUAACCCCCAAACUGGUCGUUGGACUCCCGGAGUCUCAAUGCUUUCAAAACGUUGCAGACUAGGAGUUGCUGUAUUGGAGGGUAAGCUCUAUGCUUGCGGCGGGUAUGAUGGUUCAACAUUUUUGCGAUCAGUUGAGGUUUUUGAUCCAAAAACUGAGAAGUGGAACCAUGUUGCCCCCAUGAGUGUUACUCGUAGUCGAGUGGCGUUGGCAGCUAAUGCCGGUCGUCUUUGGGCGGUUGGAGGAUACGAUGGCACUGCAAACUUAAAUACGGUAGAGGUCUAUGAUCCGAAGAUUGACAAAUGGAGUUUCGGUUCUUCAAUGUGCGCUCACGAGGGAGGCGUAGGUCUCGGAGUAGUUCCUUUAUAAUCCCAUUGUUCAAUUGAAACGAACUAAUGAAUAUUUCUGAUUUUAAACAAAUUUUGAUACUGUCACUUUUUAGCUUUUUUUUAUUUAUAAAGUGUGUGACCAUGUUGCAGCUUUUAGAAAUGCAAUGUUCUGCCAUUCAAUAAAACCCUACCAUUAUGGCAUUAUCCCAAUUAAAUUUUUUGCUCUAAAA